AUGUUUCUGACCCUGGCUCAGCAAUGGUCCAAUACUGACAAAGACCGCAGCGACAAGAACAAUGCUCAGACCUUCCACCUGCUCUACCGGCCGCAAGCCGACCCAGCGUUACACGAUGAAAAUGCCGGCGAGCGGGCUCUGUAUCCGGUGUCAGGACCUACCUCGUCGUCACAGGAAGUCGGUACUAAGAAAGGACUCCAUCUGAACGACCUCGAAAACGAGCUGGAUUUCGAGAGCGUGCGAGAAAAUGAGGGCGAGGCUGCACAGUAUGGAGUCUACUUUGACGACACGAGUUAUGACUAUAUGCAACAUUUACGAGAUAUCGGCGAGGGCGGAGGAGAGUCGCACUUCAUCGAAGCCAUGCCGGUCAAGGUGCAGGGGAAAGGAAAGGCGAAAGCAAAGACGAUGAAGUUGGAGGAUGCCCUCCGAGAAGUGUCGCUUGACGACGAGCAAAGUGUGGCCGGCACCGAUAUGCUCUCAACCUUCACGACCAGCACAAAAGACCGGACAUAUGAGAAGCAGCAGAACGUGCCAGACGAGAUUGCGGGCUUCCAACCCGAUAUGGACCCCAGAUUACGGGAGGUGCUGGAAGCCCUCGAAGACGAUGCCUAUGUGGACGACAGCGAUGCAGACGACAUAUUCGGCGCUCUGGCAAAAGACGGUCGCAAUGGCGAACUUGAGCUGGAAGAAUUCGAGGAGAACUUUUUCGACGGUGACGACGAUGAGGGCUGGGAAUCCGAUGCGACUGAAAAGGCACCCACACAGCCCUCCGAGCUGAAGCUGUCCUCGACAGCACCCAUGACUGAAGGCGGGGAUAGAAACGACCAUACUCUCGAUGCAGAAACCGCUUCUGCUGAGGACGGGGACUGGCUGCGAGACUUUGCCAAAUUCAAGCGAGACAACGCCAGGAAACCUCCGCCAAAAGCCGCGGAGUCGAUCAUUGCUGCGUCGGCCAUCCAGGACAAGACACCUUCUUUGUACACGUUGAAUGGAACACCGCUGAGACAGAAGAAGCGGAAAGGAGCUCUGACGAAUCCCAGUUCAUAUUCCAUGACUUCAUCGUCUCUUGCGCGGACAUCGGGCCAGCAAUUACUCGAUGCACGCUUUGACAAGGUCGAACAGAUGUACGCCCUGGAAGAGGCCGACGAGUUCGAUGAUAUGGACGCGGGGAUGUCUCUGGCUUCGGGGAUGACGGGUCGUUCAAAGAUGUCACAACUCUCGACCACCAGUUUCGCAGACGUGGGAGCCGUUCGAGAAGAUUUUGGUAGUAUGAUGGAUGGCUUCCUAGGGGAUUGGAACAAGGCCAAUCCAGGGGGUGGAAAACGACGGGGCGCAAAGGGCAAACGGGGCAAGAACGGAAAUGAGAAGAUUGGACUUCAACAACUUGACGAGGUCCGGGCGGAACUGGGUCCGGCAAGAGUGUAUCGGCGUCCAACAAAGACAUGA